AUGGCCACUCAACAUCAGCAAAGACAUAUCAUCAUUGUAGGAGGUGGAUAUUCGGGUAUCAGUCUCAUUCAAUCCAUUCGUGAAUAUGAAAGCAAAAAACUGAGUAGUACUGCUAAUGCAAAUCCUUCCGUACCACUUUACAUUACUCUUAUCAGCAAUGAAGAUUUCUGUAGUAGACCCAAUUUAUUUUUCCGAUUUAAAUUUUUGCAAGCCUCUCCUUCUUCAAAAUUGCUGGAUUAUCAUGGUGGUAUACAUUUGCAUGAUUCAAGCAAUUCCGAUAGUAAUACCACUGAUUUAUCAAAAAAUUUCAUUCAAAAAUAUAAUAUCAAUCAAGUGAUAUUGAAUAGUGUGGUUACAAGCGUAAAUGCAAACGAAAAAACAAUUAAAUAUAAAAGAAAUGACGGAGAUGACAAGGAAAUAGAGUUGAAAUAUGACGAUUUAUGUUUGUGUUUGGGAGGUAGAGCUCAUGUCGUAGAGUAUCCUGUAACAUUCUCCUUGCCAGAAGAACGCUCUGUAACAUUUCCAAAACUAGAGUUUGAAAACAUUUCUAAGAAGUAUCACAUUCAUACAGGUGUUCCAAAUUAUAUUUACGUGAGAAACGUUGAAGAGGUGGAAUUGGUUUACAACAUUAUGAGGCAAUUAUAUAGCUAUUAUACCACUACAAAUACUCAAAGUUCGGAGCAUAACCGAAUUGUUGUGAUUGGAAGUGGAACUCUUUCAUUGGAUAUUGUGAGCCAUAUUAUAGAAGGGUAUGAGGCCAUUGAGAAACAAUUACAAACUACAACAACUAGUUCAACAUCACAACCAUCAUUUUGGGAUGUUACUCAGCCAUCUCUGCUUCCUAAAAUAACAAUAAUUUCGAGAAGUCAACACAUUGGUAAAUCUCUAUUGAAAGACGACCGUGCAUGUGAAAUGCUUACCAAUUUAGUGAAACAAAAAUACUCUAAAUAUAUUGAAAUUGAGUUGAACAGUGAGAUUGAAAGCAUUCAUGCUGAUUCAACCUCCACUGAAGAGAAGAAGGGAAUGGCUACCUCUGUUGCUAUCGUCUCUAAAAGUAGAACAGACAAUGAGCAGCACACUAAGAGGAUUAUUCCAUGCUCAUGCAUCAUUCAGGCCGUUGGUGUUAAAAGCGAAACUGAUCUUGCUGAGAAACAUCUCAAUGCCUAUAUCGGAGCGAAUGGCGGAAUAACAGUGAACGAGCAUUUUCAAGUCAUGACCUUGCAUGAAAAUGUUUUGACCACAGUACCCAAUGUAUACAGCAUUGGUGACUGUGCAGAGAUUCCAUUGAGUGAAUUGAUCGAUGUCAGUACUCAUGGUAAUUCGAGUAGAGCUGUUUGGAAGAAUUGGACAAGUGCUCGGGAACAAGCCAUAUUGUGCUCGCACUACUUGGUAGACCAAAAUAGUGGAGGAAUUGAAGACACCCAGCAUCAAUAUGGUAUGAAAACAAAGCUCUUCUUCAGCCAAACACCAAAAUUCUUUGGCCUUUUUAUCUCAUGUCUUGGUCAUUACGAAAUAUCUACAGAGAACUCAACAGAUUUGUCCACAUUUGCCACCUAUUAUUCACCCCAACCAUUACUUGACAAUAACAAUAUUUACAUGAAGUUAGUAUUUAAAAAGAGCAAGAAACAAGUAGAACCCAACCAUGAACAACAACUCAAAUUAAUUGGUGCUCUCCUCAUUGGUCCCACGAUGAACGAAUACAAAUUAGGCGUACAUUUUCUUCAACUUCUCAAAGAAGAUGUGUAUUUACCUCAAUCCUUGGUGGAGUCUAAACAAAUUCUACAAAACAUGUCGUUCAACAUGAACAUGUGGAAUCGAUUGUUACAACUUGUAAGAUCUAAAAGCCAUGGAAGCAGUCAUCAUACGGUACCAUUCGAAACCAAAGAGGAAAUUGAAAAAGUGCUGACUGAAUUGAAUCAACUUGGUUCUACUGCUGCCAGCAAUGCUACUGUUAAAAAGCCGUCAUCGAUCACACCUGGAGCUAAAAAGUUUGUCAACCCUCUGGAAAAGAAGAAGGCAGCAGCUGCAGCAACACAACAGGUUUCCCCAUCAAGCAACAGUACAACCAAGGACCAAACUGAAGAUUCCUUGUCCAAGCAAAUGGAUGAAUUAACCCUUUCUCACACCAAGAAGGAGGUACAAGAGUAA